AUGAGAUUCUCGUCUGCUUUGCUUGUUAUGCUCUCUGCUUCUUUUGUAGUUGCAGUCCCUGUUAGCUCACCCAAGGAAGAAGCCGCUGCGGCUUAUUGGUUCAACAAUGCCUACGUGGAGACAAGCUCUCCUGAGGAGGACGCCGCUGGCGCUGAGCGGUUCGGCAAGGCCUACGUGGAGGCGUCGAAAUAA